AUGACCACAACAGAGCCAGCGCCGACCGCGCAGCAUGAGCGCAUGGCUGCGCGCCUCGCGGAGCUGGACGAAGAGCGACGUCGGAAGAAAGACGAGCGCGAGAUGGAGCGCAAGGAGGCAGCGGACCCCCGGGAGUCGACGAAGGAGUUUCUCGACAGCUUCCGCGGUCGCGAAGCCGAACUGAAGGCCGCCAUCGAGGGCGUGAACGUCCCGAACGCAGCGAGCUCUACGGGAGCAGCCGCCGGCCAGGCAGCGGACGCGAAGGCGCAGUUCGAGGCGCUGUCGGAGAGCAUCAGCGAGCUCCAGCAGAGCUGCGCGGAGGCGUGCUAUUUCCUGCCGGCGUUCGAGCAGCGCAACUGCCUGGCCGCGACGCAGGCGCUGCGAGAGCUCCUCGAGAAGAAGAAGCUCGCGGUCGCCCCGCGCAAGAAGUUCGCGUUCUCCCGCGGCGGGAAGACCAGCGGCGCGCAGCUGGCCAGCAAGGCGCAGGCAACCGCCGCCCAGGCCGCGCAGCAGGCCGCCGCGGCGCCCUCCUCCGCCCCGCAGCACCCGAACGGCACCGGCGUCGCGCCCUCCGUCGACGUCCUGGACUUCCCCGCCGGACGCGGCCUGCGCGACCUGGACGGAGAGACGCGCGCCGUGCCCGCCUCCGAGCUCGACGGCGUCGACUACAACCUCUCGAACCUCCGCAACUGCACCAUCUUCCUCGCAGGUCGCAUGCAGGCCCUCCGUUUGCACAAGCUCGAGGGCUGCACCAUCGUCGCGGGGCCUGUGCUGGGGUCCACGUUCUGCGACGGUCUGCGCGGGUGCAAGGUGCACCUCGCGACGUUCCAGACGCGCAUCCACAGCACGCGCGACACCGACUUCUUCCUCCGGCUGCGCUCGCGCCCCAUCAUCGAGCACACCGCCGCGGUGCGGUUCGGGCCGGCGGACCUGGCGGCGGCGUGCGGGGCCGCGGCGCUGCGGGACGCGGGGCUCGCGGACGAGAACGGGAUGUGGGCGAACGUGGACGACUUCGCGUGGAUCAAGGCGGUGGCGUCGCCGAACUGGAGUCAGGUGCCGCAGGGGGAGUGCGUCGCUGCGCCGCGUGCCCCAGGGGCCGCGGCCGACGCGCCCGACGAGAUCUAG